UUGGCAGAAGAGGCGCGAUCACCUGUGGAGGUACAGGAACCUACUUUACUCACUAAUGAAGAGUCUCCUUGUGGUGGUGAUGCUGUUGGUUCUUCCAGUACUGCAUGUACUUCUGUUCGUCCUCCUGCUCCUCCUCCUGGUCGUGCUGAACCACAAGCAGGCCUUCUUGUUAAAGGAGAACCACCUGCUAAUGGUGUUGCUGGUCUUCAAGGUGAUCUCAGUGAAGGAGAUAAACAUCUUGGUGUUAAGCUUCCU